GUGUUCUCACUGUCAAACCCUGUCGCAGUGAUGGGAAGGAGUCAGGCAGCGUGGGGACAGCCCCGGAGUGCCCAAAGUCCCCGGCCCGCUUCCUCCUGUGAAGACGCAGCUGCGGGUGGCUGUGGUGGCGGCGUCCAAGAUGUCGACCAAGAAUUUCCGAGUCAGUGACGGUGACUGGAUUUGCCCUGACAAAAAAUGUGGAAAUGUAAACUUUGCUAGAAGAACUAGCUGUAAUAGAUGUGGUCGAGAGAAAACAACUGAGGCUAAGAUGAUGAAAGCUGGAGGCACUGAAAUAGGAAAGACACUUGCAGAAAAGAGCCGAGGCUUGUUUAGUGCUAAUGACUGGCAGUGUAAAACUUGCAGUAAUGUUAAUUGGGCCAGAAGAUCAGAGUGUAACAUGUGUAAUACUCCAAAGUAUGCUAAGCUGGAAGAAAGAACAGGAUAUGGUGGUGGUUUUAAUGAAAGAGAAAAUGUUGAAUAUAUAGAAAGAGAAGAAUCUGAUGGUGAAUAUGAUGAGUUUGGACGUAAAAAGAAAAAAUACAGAGGGAAGGCAGUUGGUCCUGCAUCUAUUUUAAAGGAAGUUGAAGAUAAAGAAUCUGAGGGAGAAGAAGAGGAUGAGGAUGAAGAUCUUUCUAAAUAUAAAUUAGAUGAGGAUGAGGAUGAAGAUGAUGCUGAUCUCUCAAAGUAUAAUCUUGAUGCCAGUGAAGAAGAAGAUAGUAAUAAAAAGAAAUCUAAUAGACGAAGUCGCUCAAAGUCUCGGUCUUCACAUUCACGAUCUUCAUCACGCUCAUCCUCCCCCUCCAGUUCAAGGUCUAGGUCCAGGUCCCGUUCAAGAAGUUCUUCCAGUUCGCAGUCAAGAUCUCGUUCCAGUUCCAGAGAACGUUCGAGAUCUCGUGGGUCGAAAUCAAGAUCCAGCUCCAGGUCCCACAGGGGCUCUUCUUCCCCACGAAAAAGAUCUUACUCAAGUUCAUCAUCUUCUCCUGAGAGGAACAGAAAGAGAAGUCGUUCUAGAUCUUCUUCAUCUGGUGAUCGCAAAAAAAGACGAACAAGAUCACGGUCACCUGAAAGCCAGGUGAUUGGUGAAAACACUAAACAACCCUGAGCCCAGGGCCAACCCCUCGGAACACCACUACUUUACCCAGGCACCACAGGUCACCUUCUGGAUCAUCCCAUUCUGGUUCCCGUUCAAGUUCAAAAAAGAAAUAAUGAAUUAAAAUUUACAUCUUAAAAAAAAAAAAAA